UCGAUAUCGAUAUCGUAUUUAGAUUUAGUGUGAUGGCAGAGCCGAAUCAAGCGAUCAAAAAGGCGUCUCUGAGUGAGCAAGAACGCGAUCUUGAACACCAAGCCUUUAUCGAGUUUCAAAAAGCCGAUUACCAGGCAUGCCUGAAAACGCUGCAAAAGCUGCUGAAAACCCAGGACGCAAAUCCAAAGGUGCUGCACAACAAGUCGGUGGUGGAGUUCUACAACAGUGAUCUCCGUCGCUAUGAUCAGUUCCGCACCGCUAUGACACAGCACACGGGAUUGCUGGGAGAAAUACGAGCCGUGGAAAUCAAAGACCGUGAGUCGUGUGCCGCCUAUGUGAACCAGGCGAUCGUUUUGUACCACUUCAAACAGCCUUUGGCCGCUCUAAAGAUCAUGCUGGCUGUGAUGACCCACUUUGAUCGGCUGGAUGACUAUCUGCUGCGUAGGGCCGGUAUUUUCACGGUGCACCUGCUGCUCGACACAAAUCAACCGAAGAAGGCGAACCGGUUGCUGGGGAUGCUGCAGAAUCGCUUGGGCAUUCAAGUUUACGCCAUACUGAGCGACUCGGACGAGGAUGAACCGCUGAUCGAUAAUGAGAGCAGGAAGGACAUCUCCGAGCUGCAGUUCGAGGAGUUUCGCAAAGAGUUCCGCUUGAUACUGAUUCGUUCGAAUCUGCUAAAUGGCAAGAAGAAUAUGUCGAUUCCGUUGGAAGACACUUCCGAGUACUCGAUACUGAAAGGGCACCAGUAUUUUCUUGGCAACGACUACCAGAUGGCGGCCAAGGAGCUGUCGAAACAGUUUACCAACGACCCGGUGAGCGUACAGCGACACGGAGAAGACCAAAACACGGUGCUGGCCAACGAUAUGGGUGUGAUUCACUUUUCGGUGAAGCACUACGCGCUUGCCGCUCGGUUCUUCCAGCAAGCGCUGCUCUUCGAUCAAUCCGCCACCGAGGAUACGUCCACGGAGAAGGUGGAGGGGUCGCCACUGUACUGUGUCGGUGCCACAAAGCGACCGGAAAUCCUGUACAACCACGGGCUGGCUCUGCUUCACUUACAGCGGCCGAAGGAAGCGUUCGAAUGUUUGCUGAUCGUGCUGAACUCGUUCCACAACAAUCCGCGGCUUUGGCUGCGACUGGCCGAGUGCUGCAUAAUGGUGCACCGGCAGGAGAAGCUGAAGCAAAAGAAAAACAUUUCACAAGGUUCGGUCGGAAACGGUGUGCAUAGGAAGUACGUUCUAAGCCCAGCCCCGAAAACGCCCGUCUCGGACGGUAACCAAUCGCUCGCGAUACCCGCCACGACGCUCGAAUUUGGGGCGCUCUGUCUGCGCAAUUCGGUAACGUUGCUCGAGUUGCACGAACCGGAACUUGUGCGACAGACGGAAAACUGUGACCGGUCGGUGGCGUGGGAUAAGGUGUACGAGGGGGUACCCUGCAAUCCUUCGUUGCCGAUGAAGCUGGCCUCGUUUAACAAACUAAAGUGCGCCGUUCUGGCGGCGUACAGUUACGUGCUCAACAGCCUUGGCGAAUAUAGCUUGGCAUUGAAGUACGCCAAACAGAUGCUCACCGUGAAGGACCUCCCGCAAUCAUAUCUGUUACUUUCGCACAUGUAUUCUGCGGAAGCGUUGGUCAUGAUGAAUCGCCCACUAGAGGCGCUCAACUAUCUGGAACCGAAGUUUAUCACUGAGCUGACCGGAGACGAUUUCGGUAUGCGAGCUUCGCCACAUUGGAACGUCAAUUCCGCCGAUGCAGCCCAAACCGUGAUGCACUACAACCGGGCGGUGAUAUUAAUGCUGAAAGGUGACUACGAACAGGCGAAAGUGUCGAUGAAUGCUUGUAAUCACCCGCUGGUAGUGCCAAACCUGAAAAUGUUGAAUGUGUACCAGGAGCUGCUGCUGGGAAACUACGACAAAGUCCGGCUCUUAAUACGGUACGACUCGCCGCAUCUAAUUUAA